AUGUCCACCGAUGCGGAGUACUUUGCGUACCAGAUGAAAUAUGACACGGUGCAUGGCCGUUUCAAGCACGACGUGAAGAUUGGGGAGAAGGACGAGCUAAUCGUGAACGGCCACAAGAUCAAGUGCAUCCAAGCCAGUCGUGAGGGCCCCAAGGCGCUGCCAUGGAAGGACAUGGGCGUGGAAUAUGUGAUUGAGUCGACUGGUCUCUUCGUCGAAGCGGAGAAGGCUGCAGGGCACAUCGAGGCCGGCGCCAAGAAGGUCAUCAUCUCUGCCCCUGGAAAGGGUGACUUGAAGACCUUGGUUGUCGGGGUGAACCACACGGAGUACGACAAGGCCAACCACAACGUGGUGUCCAACGCCUCCUGCACCACCAAUUGCCUGGCUCCCGUCGUCCACGUGCUCUUGAAGGAGGGCAUUGGAAUUGAGAAGGGCCUGAUGACCACCAUCCACUCCUACACUGCCACUCAGAAGACCGUGGAUGGCGUCUCUGCCAAGGACUGGCGUGGAGGACGUGCCGCGUCUUGUAAUAUUAUUCCCAGCGCGACUGGAGCCGCAAAGGCUGUGGGCGAGGUAUUGCCCAGCACCAAGGGCAAGUUGACUGGUAUGGCCUUCCGCGUGCCCACCCCUGACGUCUCCGUGGUGGACCUGACCUUCACUGCUGAGAAGGAUACCUCCAUUGAGGAGAUCGAUGCCCUGAUGAAGAAGGCCACUGAGACCUACAUGAAGGGCGUCUUGUCCUUCACCGAUGAGGAGUUGGUGUCCAGCGACUUCAUCCACAACGUGCAGCUGGGUGGAACUCUUCAGAAAUAUGAUGCCCAGGGAUGGAACUCCUCCAUCUACGACUCCAAGGCCACUCUGCAGAACAACCUGAAGGGCGAGAAGCGCUUCUUCAAGAUCGUGUCCUGGUACGACAAUGAGUGGGGCUAUUCCAACCGCAUCUCGGAUAGCGAGGGGAACGGGGCCUCGAUGUUCCCCAGUUCAGGUGUGGUGGACCUGCUGAUGCACAUGAUUGGAACUGCGGGCUGCGGGCUGGGUGCGGAGAAAGUUCCACCCGAGUCCUGUGGCGUAGUUGUGUCCUUUUUCUUAGGCCUUCCAUGUAUCGAUGUCAAUUUGGUGGCUUUCCAUUGGCGGCUGCGUUCUGUUGGUGGCUCGGCCAUCACUUUUUGGAGGGCUGUGACUGUGGCGGCUGUGGGCUCUGAAAUGGUUUCAUGUGCCAGACCGAGUGCCACAUCCUUCGCGGAAGGACAUGCUGAGCUGCACGAUGUGAAUGCACGGAAGACUUCGAAGAAACCGCGACAGGCGGUGCUGCAGAUGCGCCAGAGGUACAGACGGCGCCGAAAUCGAGAUGGUGCAUCGAUGGAGGAGGUUGACCCUGAUGGGCGUGCGGAGCAAAUGAAGGAAGCUUGCGGGAAGACCAAGGAUGACGAAAUCAAACUGAAUGACAUCCGCGCCUGCGUCGAAGCAUUGCAGAGCUAUGCCCAAGCCACACGUGAAGGCUUUAUCCAGUCCAUCAGUGCGGAAAAGGUCUUUGUGCGUGAGUACCAGAACGCUGCCAAGAAGUUGGCCCUCUUGGGUGAUACGGAGCUGUUUUGGAAAGACAUCCAGAAGGAGCAUAAGAAUGCCCUGGUCUUCUUGACCAACUUGGCUUCCAAAGUGGGCGAUGAUGCCAAGGACCUCAAGGUGUACAGCAAGCUGAAAAAGAAGAACCAAGCCAAAUCCAAGGGCACGAACAAAGGUGAAGAUGAAGACGAAGAUGAGGAUGAGGAGACUGAGGGUGAUAACGACAGCUCCGAGUCCUUCGGAGAGUCGGAGUCGGAGGCAACGGAGUCGGCGUCCAAGGAUGAGGAAGGAUGA